UGAGCCACCGCGCCCGGCCGUUUGGGGACUAUUUUUGAGCACCGCCGUACUGCGCCAGUUGAUCUAACAGUCAGUCCGAUAACUCGGUUACCAAAUGAGUAACAGGUGAGAGGAGCAGGGACGGUCCCCGGGUCGGGGGACGGACUGGGAUGUCAUGACAUUUUAUCAGGCUACUCAGAACGGCAUGCAGCUUAAAACUUAGGAUUUGUGUUUGUUUGUUUUUUUUUUUUUUUUUCUGGAAUUUUUCAUGUAACAUUUUUGGACCCAGGUUGACGGUGGGUCAGUAAAAGCACAGAGAAGGGGGCACUAUUGUCAUAGGAGUGUCACAGUGGCGUUUUGAGACAGCAGCAGCGUGCUAGAUGCGAACGGCCUCCCACGGGGCCGGCCCUGAGCGGGGGAUUCCAACAGGGGCUGUCGCCCAAGAGGUGAUUUUGCUCGCGGGAAACUGAGAGGCACGGGAGAGGGGACAAUGACAUAAUUCAGUGGCUGCUCCGACCAGAUACUAAAUGCAUUGGGCAGCAACGAGCAAUUCAAAGAGGAGCACACGGACAGGAAUGUUCCCUGAAAAUGGAACUUUGUCCUUGCACCGGUUGUCUGAAAGCGACUCACACAGACAGGCAGACAGACAAAGAGUGGCAAGUGACGGCAAAAUACUCUGUAGUUCUGGAACAGUCCGUACAGCUGUCAUCUUUCGUGCCUCUGUACCUGCACCGAUUCACUCUGAGCUGUCCCCUUUGUCUCGCGUGUGUGGAUUUUUAAAAAUGACGCUGUUCCCAGCUUUGAUGUGUCGCGCUGGGGCGUGGAGCUGCAGUCACCGGCGGGGUAUGCCCGGCUGCACCUGACAUUCCUCCCGAGAGGGUCCCUCCCUGUGACUCAGGGGAGAGGCUCGGCCAGCUGUGCCAGACAAAGCCACCGCCGCUGCCACUGCCGGCUGGGAGGAGUUUCCUUCUCCAGCUGGGAGCCGGGUUUCUGUCCCCUGCUUGUCCCUGCACCCAGAGGGUUACCUGGGCUGCAGGUAGCGGGGCUGUCGCUCUCUGCAGAGGAGAUGCCCACGGGAGGGCGGAGGGGCCGGCCGGCGUCCUACCUGGGCCACUGCUCCUCCUCCCGGCCCCUGGAGUCUCAGGUGGCACCGCGGCGACACUCUCGCCUGCUGACCCGCUGGAAAGGGAAGGGGUGGGCCUUGUGUCCGGACCCCCGGCGGCUGACUCACAGGAAGUGCCUGCGGGGCUUGGCACCCGGCUCCGGGCUCCCGCCCCGCCCUCUCCCAUGCAGCGUCCCCCGGUGGCACAAUCAGGCGCUUCCAAGUUUGCUGAGACUCCCGGGGACAUUCUCUGGGCUCCCGUGACGGUCCUCAAAAUGCUCUGCCGCCGACCGUCUCAGGACCCCGUCGUGUGAAGAGCCCUUCCCCGCCGCGCGCAUCGCUUUGUCUGGAGACCCCCGGGGUGGCCAUGGUCCAGCGCUUCAGCCUCAGGCGGCAGCUGUCCAAGGUCGAGCGGCUGGAAGUGAGCAGCCUCGCCCAGACGUCCGGCGCGCCGGGCCCCAGCGCGGACGGCAGCCUGCACGCGGACUCGGCGGACGCCGCCCCGGACCCGCAGCGGACCAGGGCCGCCAUCGGCCACCUGCAGCAGAAGAUCCUGAAGCUCACGGAGCAGAUCAAGAUCGCGCAGACGGCCCGGGACGACAACGUGGCCGAGUACCUGAAGCUGGCCAACAGCGCCGACAAGCAGCAGGCUGCCCGCAUCAAGCAGGUGUUCGAGAAGAAGAACCAGAAGUCGGCGCAGACCAUCCUGCAGCUGCAGAGGAAGCUCGAGCACUACCACCGCAAGCUGCGGGAGGUGGAGCAGAAUGGCAUCCCCCGGCAGCCCAAGGACGUCUUCAGGGACAUGCACCAGGGCCUGAAGGACGUGGGGGCCAGGGUGACGGGCUUCAGCGAGGGCGUGGUGGACAGCGUCAAGGGCGGCUUGUCCAGCUUCUCCCAGGCCACCCACUCGGCGGCGGGGGCCGUGGUCUCGAAGCCCCGGGAGAUCGCCUCGCUGAUCCGGAACAGAUUCGGCAGCGCGGACAACAUCCCCAGCCUGAAGGACUCCGUGGAGGAAGGGCAGGCGGAGGACGCGGGCAAGGGUCUCGGGGUGAUCCCCGCCUUCCAGUCGAGCCCCAAGUAUGGGAGCGAGGAGGAUUGCUCGAGCGCCACGUCCGGCUCGGUGGGGGCCAACAGCACCACGGGGGGGCUCGCGGUAGGGGCGUCCAGCUCCAAAACCAACACGCUGGACAUGCAGAGCUCGGGCUUCGACGCCCUGCUGCACGAGAUCCAGGAGAUCCGGGAGGUCCAAGCCCGGCUGGAGGAGUCGUUCGAGACCCUCAAGGACCACUACCAGAGGGACUAUUCCUUAAUAAUGCAGACCCUGCAGGAGGAGCGGUACAGAUGCGAGCGACUAGAAGAACAACUAAACGACCUAACGGAGCUGCACCAGAACGAAAUCUUGAACUUGAAGCAGGAGCUGGCCAGUAUGGAAGAGAAAAUCGCCUACCAGUCGUACGAACGGGCCCGGGACAUCCAGGAGGCCCUGGAGGCCUGCCAGACGCGCAUCUCCAAGAUGGAGCUGCAGCAGCAGCAGCAGCAGGUGGUGCAGCUGGAGGGGUUGGAGAGCGCCACGGCCCGCACCCUGCUGGGCAAGUUCAUCAACAUCCUGCUGGCCGUCAUGGCGGUCCUGCUGGUGUUCGUGUCCACCGUGGCCAACUGCGUGGUCCCCCUCAUGAAGACCCGCAGCAGGACGUUCAGCACUGUAUUCCUCGUGGUCUUCCUGGCCUUCCUCUGGAAGCACUGGGACGCCCUGGUGGGCUACGCCGGGCGGUUCUUCUCGACCCCGAGAUGAUGCCCCCGCGCCCGGCGAGCGCGGCAGGGAGCCAUUCGGCAGCUCAGCGGCUCAGCGGCUCGCCGGCGCCCACGGCCGCCUCCCGCCACG